CGCGCGUCGCGAAGCGGCGAAGCACCAUACGGCUACAAAAUCGACUUGUCGUGGGCAGUGAGACGCGCACGCAACGCCACAGCAUCUCUGCUCCUCGUUUCUUGCAGAAUAGCGUGGACCUUUGAGGUCGCUAGCGACGAGAGCAGCAUCAGCUCUCCUAAUCAGACACAUCGCAUCGCUGCACCAUGGCCGCCAUGGAGCUGGAAGCGAACAAAAAGGACGACCGCCUGCCCGUCACGAUCCUGAGCGGCUUUUUGGGCGCGGGCAAGACCACAUUACUAAAACACAUGCUCACGAACCGCGGCGGCGUCCGCGUCGCGCUCUUGGUGAACGACGUCGGCGCCGUCAACCUGGACGAGAAGCUCAUCAAGGAGUCGCGACUAGUAAGAGCAAACGAGAAAUUAGUAGAACUGACCAACGGGUGCAUCUGCUGUACACGUAGAGACGACUUGUUAAGAGAAGUGAAAGAGUUAAGUGAAUUGAGGCACGAGACGGAAGAUAAACGGAGGUUCGACUGCUUGGUAGUAGAGUCCACAGGAGUCUCGGACCCCCGGUCCGUAGCGCAAGCCUUCGCCACGGACGAGGACCUCGCGACACGAGCGCGCCUCGACACGUUAGUCACGGUCGUCGACGCGUCCGCCUUCAGUGAAAACUUCAGCAGCGUGAACACGGCCAUGGAAGCGGGCAUGCACGACGGCCACGACCACUCUACAAAAGAAGAAGAAGAGGCUUGUGAGGAUGCCGUCAUGUCGGAAAACGUGGUCGAUCUCCUCGUCAGUCAGGUCGAGUUCGCGGACACUAUAUUGUUGAAUAAAAGUGAUUUAGCGACGCCAGCUCGCCUGAAACAAGCUCGUAUCACGUGCGAGAGUGCUCUUGCGGCGCCCGUCCUUUAUUAUCUUCGCGUUGUUCGCGUCGGCAUCGCGUGCCACGUCCACGUCGCGUCGAUGGCGCCACGUGUCACGCCAUCGACGCGAUGCCCCACGCAGAGCUCAAUCCGAGGGCUACGGUCUUGGAAACGACUAAUUCAGCCGCACCGCUAGAUCAACUCCUCUUAACAAAUAGGUUCGACUUCGAAGCCACAUCCACGGCCGCCGGCUGGGUCCAAUCGUUAAAACAAGCGGGCUCGGGCAGAGAUACGACGCUGGGCGGCAUAGGGUUCCAAAAUUUCGUCUAUAAGAAAAGGACGCCGUUCCAUCCCAAGAGGUUGCACGAUUUUCUGGCGGAGCAUUUCGUGUUCUACGAGGUGUCUUCUUCUACUGGAGAAUCUUCAGAAGAAGGCAGUGCCGACCCCGAGAAGACCCUGGAGCAGAGACGAGCGCGAGCCGCCAAAAAUUCAAAGAAGUUCGGUACUCUCCUAAGAUCAAAGGGCUGGUUCUGGAUCGGCAACCGGCCCGUGGGCAUCGGGGAGUGGUCGCAAGCAGGAGUCAUAGGCAGAUUAGGAUGUAACGCGCAGUGGCGCAUCACGGCGCCCGAGGAGUACUGGCCGGAACAGGGCACUCCCGAACGGGCCAAGUUCGUCGAGGAUUUCCCCGACGACGAGAAGGACGAGGAUUAUGAAGAUUUAGAUCAAGUCACGGCUAUCGGCGACCGGCGGAACGAGAUCGUGUUCAUCGGGAUUGACCUGGAAAGGGAUAAAUUGGAGAAGGCCCUCGACGCGUGUCUGUUGACGACGCAGGAGUGGAUGCAGCACCAGCAGUGGCACCAGGCGCAGGUCGAUCGCAUCGAGGCGGCAGAAGCGAAGGUGAAGCUGACUGGGGAUGCGGACGUCGAUGCGGAAGCGAAGCGGGCGGCCGUCGAAGCCUUGCCCGAGGUGCCGGCGCCCUUGGAUGGUGUGGACCCGUUCGAGCCGUGGCCGGACUUUGAGGACGAGGAGGAGGACGACGAGGAGAUGGAGAUGGGGGACUGA